AUGAAAGGCCUGUCCAGCAGUCGGAGUCACCAUCAUGUGGUCUCCUAUGAACCAUCGUAUGAUCCACUGGGUCACCAUGUUGACCGCAAGCCAUAUUUGAUUAGUCAGAUGGACAUACCUGUGCCCAUUCCCAUGCCACAUCCGGCUGAGCUGCCCUACUACAAUGCUCAGCGCACUUCGUACCCCUCUGACAGCAACAGCAUCGUCCCAUACGGAACCUUUCCCAGGAGGUGCCACUCCACCUCCUCAUCCCACCAUCCUGAGGUAAAGGAUGAGUGUAUGGCCAUGGUACCAUAUAUAGGAGGAGGAGGAGGUGGAGGAGGAGGAGGAGGAGGAGGAGGCUAUGGAAGUAAAACGCCUACGCGGGUACCAGCAAAUUUUGUGGACCCGUUUGAGCGUCAGCCGUCCUUUUCCAGAGAUGGCUACCACACACUGCAGUACAAACGAGGAGUGCUGGCCCACGGUGGGGGGAUGGGGGCCAACAACAACAACAAUGACAGCCCAGGGAGAAUCCGCCACCUGGUCCACUCAGUCCAGAAACUCUUCACCAAGUCACACUCACUGGAGGGGCCACACCACACGCAGUCCUCCAAGGGGGCCAAUAAUGGGAGUGUUAAUGGUGGCGGUGGUGGCGGAGGAGGUGGUGGUGGUGGUUCAAGGGCCAGCCCAGAGGGUGAAACUCCACCAGUGGGAGUGCGCCACCGGAAGCGCAGCAAGAGCCGCGAGCGCUGUCGAUCAGCGGAGCCCAAGCAUCGAAGCCACCACCACCAUCACCACCAGCUCCACGGCUCAGCAUCUGCUCCAGGCUCUGGAUACUGGAGCUCAGAUGACAACCUGGAACGGGAGCUGUGUCUCUACCACCCUCACCACCACCAACCUCCACCCUCACCCUCUCCCUCCAUUUCCCCUUCACCCAUCGCCAUGACCAUGGGCCGGUACCCGGGCAACAACCCCGAAAAGUUCCCCCAGGCGCCCCUCCCCAGUCUCUCCUCCUCGCAGUCCCAGCAGUACUUCAUGAUGGACCCCUACGGCACACUCAACGAGCACACACACACCCACGCACACCAUGGCCACACACACCACCACUCUGCACUCAAAGCCUCCCGGAGCAACAACGAUGUGAAGUAUGCAGCGUCAUCGACAUGCAUGCCAGUUAGUGGUAGCAGCAAUAACAGCGGUGGCGGUCUCGGUGGAGGAAGUGGCCCCUUGCUGCCACUGGGUCUUGUGGACGGGCCCCUUGUGAAGAAAGGGGCGUGGUCGUCAAGCCUAACGGUGAGCAGGGCCCGAGAGGUCUACACCAACAACAGCAGCCACAACCAGCUUCGAGCCAGCGCAGGAUCCGGUAACCUAAACCUAGAUAGAGCUCUAGUCAAAUCUAAGGGCAGUCAGCAGCAGGAGCGCUCUUGCCAUUUCUUGCAGGUACCUCAGGAUGAGUGGAGCGGCUUCUCUCCUCUGGGGAAGGAGGACGACAUUCCCUGUCGGAGGAUGAGAAGCGGCAGCUACGUCAAAGCCAUGGCGGAGGAUGACAGUGGAGACUCUGACGGGAGUCCCAAACCCUCCCCCAAGAUCCAGGCUCGCCGGGCCAGCUACCUGAAAGCCACGCAGCCGUCGCUGACCGAGAUGACCACUCUACAGAUUUCGACGGAGCAUUCCCCCAAACUCCAGAUCAGGAGCCACAGUUACCUGCGAGCGGUGAGUGAGGUUUCGAUCAAUAGAAGCCUGGAUACCCUGGACCCCAAAACCCUCCUCGACCCCAAAUCGCUGCUGUCCUCACCCCAAUACCGCUCACGCAAUGAAAGCUACAUGAGGGCCAUGAGCACCAUCAGUCAGCUGAGCGAGGUGGAGGUCAACGGGCAGAUCGAGCAGGUGUGUGAGCAAGUCUACAGCGAGAUGCAGGCCCAGGCCAUGGAGGCGGCCAUGGACAGCAUGGACACCAUGGACACGCUGCCCAUGCCGGGAUGCUUCCGGAUGCGGAGCCACAGCUACGUGAGGGCGAUCGACCAGGGCUGCGCCGGGGAGGAGGAGGGAGAAGGGGGGAGGCCUCUGAUCCUGCUGCCGUCGUCCCCACCGCGAACGUCAGCCACCACUGUGAGGACCAUCCAGAGCAGCACAGUUUCAUCCUGCAUCACCACCUAUAAGAAAACCCCUCCCCCUGUGCCGCCCCGGACCUCCACCUGCUCCACGACCUCCAAGCCAUACAUCUCCAUCACAGCCCAGAGCAGCACCGAGUCGGCUCAGGAUGCGUACAUGGAGGAGGAGGGGCCCCGAGGAGACAUGACCAUCCAGUCAGGACUCAGUAACUCCACAGAGAGCAUCGACAGCAUGAAGGCGUUGACCGCUGCCAUCGAAGCUGCCAAUGCUCAGGUCCACGGACCAGCCAGCCAGCACGUCAGUAACAGCACCAUGACGGUCAGCACGCCGACCCCCUCGGUUCUGAGCAGGGGCGUCGCUGUGGACGACCACCGGGACGACUACAGGAAAGAAGCACUCAGGAAGGGAAAGUGUCUCUCCAUCGGCAUCCAGGUGGACGGACCCGAGGAGCUUCCAGAUCCAGAGGACCCGUCCAAGUUCACCUCUGUGGGGAUACAGGUGGAAGAUGACAGAGGAUAUCGCCGGUUCCAGCGCUCCAACAGUGUGACCGCCGCUGUACAGGCAGACCUGGACAUGCCGGACCUGCUGGAUACACCUCUGGACUCCCCGGACACGGACAUGGAGCUGCUGUCCGGCGCCAUCUCGCGACGAUAUUCCCGUGAUGCGACCACCUCCACGGUCAGCAUCCAGGGCUCAGGGAACCACUACCACGCCUGUGCCUCUGACGAGUACGAGGACGUGGGCUUCGAUCCGUCCAUCCUCCCGCCGCCGGACCCCUGGAUCGACAGCGUGACCGACGACUCGCUCGACGUCAACUUCAACAGCUCUGCCAUCCUGGAGGUGGUGCAGCGGUCGGUGUGUCAGAGAGACGGUCGCUGGUUCCUGAAGCUGCUGCAGGCCGAGACGGACCGCAUGGACGGCUGGUGUCGACAGAUGGAGCUGGACCAGCAGGAGAACGAGCUGCCUGAAGACAUCCUGGGGAAGAUGAGGAGUGCGAUGGGCAGCGCGCAGCUGCUCAUGUCUCAGAAGUUUCAGCAGUUCAGGGAGCUGUGUGAGGAGAACCUGAACCCCAGCGCCCACCCCCGGCCCGUGGCCUCCGACCUCGCCGGGUUUUGGGACAUGCUCCAGCUGUCAAUUGAGAACAUCAGCCUCAAGUUUGACGAGCUCCACCAGCUCAGGGCCAAUAACUGGAGACCCCUGGAUCCUCCGGAGAGAAAGGAGAGACGCCUCCCUCCUCCAGUGCCCAAAAAGCCCCCGAAGGGCCCCCCCCACCACCACCACCCCCCUCUGGCCAGAGACCGCUCGCUGGAGAGCUCGGAGAAACAGAGGCAGGAGGCCCGCAAGCGUCUGAUGGCCGCCAAGAGAGCGGCGUCCGUGAGGCAGAACUCAGCCACGGAGAGCGCCGACAGCAUCGAGAUCUACAUCCCCGAGGCCCAAACAAGGCUAUGAGGACAUGACAGAGGACACACACACACACACACACGCACAAACAUACACUCAGCA